AUGCGUCGCCCGGCGGGCAAGCACCAGACGUCGGAGGUCACCCUCGAGAAGCACGACAACUACAACCAAAAGCUCACCGCCAUCCUCGCAGAGCUGGGACAGAUCGAGAAGUCGAAGGGGCAAAUGCACAGGGCCAGGGCCUACGAGAAGGCCGUGCGCGCUCUGCGCAACCACCCAACCGCCAUCACCUCCGGUACGGAGGCGCAGAAGCUCGAUGGCAUCGGCAAGAAGAUCGGCCUCAAGAUAGACGAGAUCCUGGCCACGGGUAAGCUCAAGAAGCUCGACACGCUCAACGAGGACCCGAAGACCAAGGCCCUCAACCUCUUCCAGCAGCUGAAGCACACCUUCACGCACCACCAGAGGAUCGGACUCAAACACUUUCACGAGUUCAACGAGCGCAUUCCGCGCGCGGAGAUGGAGCAACUCGAGAAAAUCAUCAAAGAAACGCUGUCCGAGGUCGACGAGGAGCUCAUCGGCACCACCUGCGGCAGCUAUCGACGAGGCGCCGAGUCCAGCGGCGAUAUCGACGUCCUGCUCACACAUCCGAAGUACACGGUGGCCACCAAAAAGAAGCCCGAAGCGCAGUACCUGUCCCGCGUCGUGGAGGCGCUGAAGCGGAAGGGCUUGAUCACGGACGACAUAUCGCAGGGCAGCUCCAAGUACAUGGGCGUCUGCAAAUUGCCCGACGAUGAAGAUGAAGCGAAAGAGAAGAAGGAGAAGAAGAAGCAAGACAGCGAAGGGGAAGAAGAAGAGGAAGAAGUAGAAGUAGAAGCAAAGAAAAAGAAGCGCCUGCACCGACGAAUCGAUCUGAGGGUGAUCCCCUACGAGAACUACUACUGCGGACUGCUCUACUUUACAGGAAGCGAUUUCUUCAACCAGCAGAUGAGGAAGAUCGCUCUGGACCGCGGGUUCACCCUCAACGAGUACGACGUGUGCCCUGUGGGGUCGACGGGGGUGAAGGGCGACCCGAUCGAGGUGCACAGCGAGGAGGACAUCUUCGAGCUCCUGGGCAUGACCUACAAGAGCCCCGAACAGCGCAACCUCUGA